GACAUUAUACUGACGUUGACCACAGACUCUCCUCCCCGGCUCUCGUUGUGUGAGCAAGUGUGACCCUGAAGGCUCACCGACUAUUUCUCACGUUCUCACGAACUGUAGCUGGAAUCGGAAUACCAAAGGGACGAAAGGCUUUCGUUCGAACCAAGCCCACCUCGACCAUGGGGGUGUUGCAGUGACGGCAGAGCGUCCUCCCAGCACUCAGCCGGCAUCAUCAGCUGUUGCGCCUGCAGAGUGUGGUGAGCAGCAGACCUGUCGAGAGCAAAGGCGGCGGCGAAGAACUAUGCCACGGAUGUUUAGCCGAUAACCUUUAGUCACGAGUCAGUGGGAGAGCGGAUGCGAGCAAAGACUACCAGCAACCCUCUGAGUAUUUUCCGCCCUUUGUCGGUACCGGAGGCGCUGUGCCAAUGGAGAAAGCGACUCCACCGCCCCAGCCUCAGGUGCAGCUGUCGAUCGCCAAGACCGACAGUCCGGCGGACGACGUUUCUGGCUUGUCCGAUGAAGACCUGUUUAAGUGGACCAAGGAGGACCUGGUGAGGCGUCUGAGACGCUCCGAGGCCGACAAGAUGAGCGUGAUUCUGGACCACGGAAAUCUCAUCCGAGAGGUCAAUCGCAGCUUACAGUUGCACUUGAACGAGAUCAGGGGACUGAAGGACAUCAAUCAGAAGCUGCAGGAAGACAACCGUGAACUGCGAGACUUGUGCUGCUUCCUGGAUGAUGAUCGCCAAAAAGGAAAGCGUGUGUCCAGGGAGUGGCAGCGCCUGGGCCGAUACAGCUCUAGCAUCAUGCGCAAAGAGGUGACCCUCUAUCUCCAAAAACUCAAGGAAUUAGAGCUUCGACAGGAGGAGGUCAUCCGUGAGAACCUGGAGCUGAAAGAGCUCUGUCUCCUCCUGGAUGAGGACAAAGGAAUAGUUGGUGGAGGUGGGGGGACGGGUGGGAGUGUUGGAAUGGGCGUGGGGUCUCGAAACUCCAUAGACAGCCAGAACAGUUUACUGCUGGUUCCUGGGCAGGGUCUUCUAAUGAGGGAUGUUGGGGAUGGGAGCAGCACCUCUAGUGCAGGGAGUGCUGACAGCUCAGAUCACCAUCAGCAUAAGCAAACACACCUAGCUGUGGGAGUGAGCGGCCUUGGACAUUCCAGGGAAAAAGGGAGUCCCGAGCUGGCCCAUAAACCUAGAUGUAGCAGCAUCAGUGCCAUAGGAGGAGGAAUGACCGACAGGGAGGUGUCUAGCCCCGAGCAUCCGGCCGGGCGCAACCGGAGUACAAGCCUGGAGUACCCGUACACUCUGCCCCAGCUCUGCCGACCACGUUGCGGCUCCAUAUCAGUGCCUGACCACAGCCGGGUCAUGCGAGGCUUGAGCCCAGAGAAAUACGGAAGGAACGUAGGACGGAGUAGUCCAGAGCAGCACCCAAAGCACUACAGCUCUGACCUUCUUUUAGGCCAGAGGCAGCACUACCUGGGCCAAGGUGGCAGCGGUGACCUCUAUCAGAGGCACCACCGGAGCAGCAUUAGCAGUACUGGUUGUGAAAGCCCUGAGCCUCGACAUGCACAUUUAGGGACGGCUGAGCACCUUGAAAAAAGUUGUAUAGUCCAAGGGGGCAGUCCUGAGACUCAUAGGCACCAAUACAGUCUGAGUCCCGACCAUGGGAAAUUUGGCAGCCCGAUUCGAGACGCGCAGAGGAGGUCGGGCGGAGACGAGCUGUCGCCACAUCAUCGGAGCAUCUAUAACGGGAUGAACGCUUUGAUAUCAGCCGGCUGCUGCACCAACAACUGCAGAAAUGUCAAGCUAUGGGACAGCUUUGAUGCCUCAUCUUGACCUCAUUGUCACCAGCCUGGCUCCUUGGAAGCAAAAAGUGGUAGAGCCCUCUUGCGUCCACGUUCUUGAUAGCUGCAAAGGAUUCUGUCCAAGGCACCAGAUGGUCUGAUGUCCAGCCACGGCCUCAUUCAUGUCUACAGCGCCUGAAAACAGCCUGCCUUCAUCUUCUCAUCUCCACUACGCUUAUUGAGCACUUUGGGGAGUUGUGUUUAUAAAACUAUGCUGCAGAUAAAAUGACUAGGAUGGAGGUCUCUCCCUGCCAAUCCAAGAGAGAAGUCAGAGAGAUGCAUGCAUGCUGGGAGAUUUGAAUGACUCUGCUGUGUUAUAUACUGUGUUUAAUGAGAAUUUAGAAAGAAGUUGUACAGAAAGUGAAGAUGUUCAAAAUGGACUAUUUUCCUGCAAUAUGAACAUCACUGUGCCUGCACAACCUCCAUGUGGUGGAGGAUACAACCGCAGUGAAUAAACAGAAAGCUCGUCCUAUUGCAACACACGCUCUUUGGAAAUGUUUUUUUUUUUUUUUUUGCCUCCAUUUGUGUUUUGCUUUUGGGUUUGUUUUUUAUUUUCAUUCAAAAUAAACAAGCAUUAAAUGUAAAACAAACCUUGUUGAGUAACCGCCAAAUUGUGACAGCUUCAUGAUUAAUUGUUUUUAUAAUUACAAAGCCUAUUUUUAUGUGCAAAAUCGUCCUAAAUUCUCAGACCAACAGGUUCGUGUGCGUGUUGCCUUCCAUCUGUUUACAAACACAACUCAUUGAUGGAGAAGCACAUCAUUCACCAUCCCAUGUUCUUCUUUUCCCUUUACCUUAAACUUCGGAAGGUCUCUGAUUCCAUUGUCUCCCUUCUCCCUUUAACAUUUUUUGAAAGUGUGGAAUUAAGAGUUGUGUAAUCUGAUGUUCAGUUUAGCAAUGUCUACCAUCACCAUUUUGUUCUUGUCGUUCUUGUUAAACCUAACGUGUUGGGGGGGGAAAACAAAUCUAGAUAUUCAAGCAAAGACAACAUAUUUUCCUGUGUCUUAAACAAAGAAGAUCAUAUAGCUGCUGGAAAAGUUGUAGUCGUAUAAAAUGCAAAGUCCAGGUGUCAUUUUAUUUUGUAUUAACAUCUCCGAUAAAGCACCUAGAUUGAAGCGAAGAUGUUUUGUUUUUUUCUCUCUUUUUUAUAAGAAAACAAAGUCCAAGUUAUUGUAGAUUAUUGGAUUAGUUUUCUAUAUAUAUAUAUAUAUAUAUCAAUGUAUAUGAAUAUAUUAUGACCAUUAUUUUUGACUUCCAGGUAUUAGAACUAUAUAUCAAAAUGUAUAGGAUAUAUAUCAAAUAAUAAACAGAUUUCUGUAUUUAAAUGUA